AUGGCCAAGAGAAAAUUGGAUGAUGAUAGGUUUAUCACAUUGAAAAGAAGGAACUAUGUUCCUUUAGAAAGGUAUUGUCAGGUUUUCAACCAAGAGGUGAAAUGCUUUAUGGACCCAUUUAAUCGUAAGAAUGAAUUUCGAGAUUCGGUAAUCCAUAUAGAUGGUAAAGUACGGUAUUUGCAAGAUGCGGAUGAUGGGAAGUGUAUUAUAGAGACUGAUUCAGAUAAAGAUUCAGAAGAUGAAGAGUUGGAGAUAGCGAAGAAUUAUGAACUGGGGACAUGCUGGACAGGUAAAGAAAAGCAAAUGUUUUUCCAUUGUUUAUCAAGAUAUUCAAUCCAUACGUUGGAUGAAUGGUCCGAUCAAUUACCGAACAAGAGUAAAUAUGAGAUCCUUGUAUACCACGAUGUUCUCAAUACCAAUUUGAAUCAGCUAAAAAGAAUGAAUACCAAGAAGCGUGGUGGUAUCUUAACCAAGAAAGAGCUCCCAAUAGCAUACGAAAUGGAUCCAUUCUUUGUUGAACUUGAAGAAGCUUACAGUCAGCUAAUUAAGACAGAAAUAGAGGAUGUAGUUAAUGCAGACCACAAAGUAGAACUUGAUUCAACGGAAGAAGGUGUCAUAAAUUGGCAUAAUUGGUACAAACGAUGGGCCCCAAUAUAUUCGCGUCAUAGAAUACAAGAAUACCAACCACCACCUAAAGAGCCACCUCUAUUUUCAACAGCUAGUGAGCAAUACGUGGAGGAACUAUUACGAAGAUAUACAAAAAAACUAAUAUUCUAUUCCGUGAUCCCGCACAUCGAUAAAAAGUUCGUUUCAAAAGACUCAUUGAAAUAUCCAGACGCCUUUCUUGAGGAAAUUACUCAAAGGACCAACAUAGAAAAAAAAAAGCGAUCCCCACUUGUAGAAUCUUAUAUAUGGGAUAACGAUGAAAUAGAAGUCAGAACUACAAAUCUAGAAUUCCCUCAUCUAAUAACCCCCUCAGAUAUUUGGAAGGCAAUGAUCGUUCUCCGAAAAACAGGUCAUUUAAUGCCAACCCUUCCCGAAACAGUAGUAGACACCCUAACAAAAUUUCAAUUGGAACAUGAAGAGGGGAAGCUCUUCAAAAAUAAAAAUAUCCCACAAGCCCUUAUAGUACCAAUGUUACAACACAAGGUCUCUUCAUACAAACUAAUAGUGGGCCUGCCUUCCCAUGUUGACUUCAAAAAGUCAUCACCGCCGCCGACGUCUUCAUUGGAAACCCAUCCCGCUUCCUCUCCUUUGCGCGCUAUUAGCAGCGUUCCUUCCUCUGCCCUAACCAUCCUUCACAACUCAAAAUUGCCGAUCCGUCCCGCCCCGCCUCUUGCCUUUGAAGAAGACCAUUUAAUCAUGGAAAAAAAACUAUUCUCCCUUUGUGGAAAGAAAUCUGCACUACUGCCGUACGCCCGCUUUAUUGCAGAUGAUCCUUACAAUUCUACCGAUAAUCCCUUCUACGAACGUUUGUUUCUCUUCGACGCUCUAUCCACUAAUGCACUAGACGUAAAUAAUUCCAGGUUAUAUCAGCAUGCCUUGGUUCUUCACAUGCAUGCCCCCGCAGAACACCUCCCUCACCAACAACAUUCCACCGUAUCCCUAGAAUCAUCAACCACUCCCUCCGAAAAUGAUAUACCUGCUGCAAUUCUGGACUUGUAUCAAUACUACGGCUGA